AUGCUGCUGAAUCUUGGCCUCGCAGCGGAUGCCGCAGCAGCUCAUUCAAACGAACCUUCUGCCCAGCCAGAGUCUCCCCCAACAUCAGCCUUGUCUUACGCGCCGUCAUUCGCUUUCCCAACACUACCAUUUCUGGAGUCGCUCCGUAACUGCUCAUUGCAGUCCGGUCCUGCGGUGCCCGCUGGGUCGAUCUCCGCCGUGGCUAUGAGCCCAAUCAUGUCGACGCCCACGGAGGGCGAGUCUUCUACCACAGCUUCGUCUACCCCGUCUGCGCUCGCAAGACCUCGAGCCAAUCGGUCAUUCACGAACAAAAAGUCAUCGCGGCCUAAGACCUCGUACCAGUUCGCACACCCCGCGUCGCAUGCCCGGCACAAGCGGCUACGGCUCCGGCCGAAGCUCCUGCUACAGGUACAGCAAGUGUCGCAGACCCCCAGACCCCUGCCCGUUAUAGACGUCCUUCCUUCGACCAUGUAUCUGCCGCGACUAGCUCGGAAGUUUCCGGCGAUGUUUCGGCGAAAGAAUGGUCUAUGUCCCUACGAUGUCAUCAUAGUGAUGAGCGAUUUGUAUGAGCGCACAAGAGCAGCAAUCCCUGAGAAGCACGCAAACUCCGAAGAGGACGACGAAGAUCAGCGCGAAGUGGUAGCUACCGUCUGCCAGAUGCUCCAAGAGGAGGCGCGGUCAAAAGGGAAGGCUGAGAUUUGUUUGAACUUUGGGCCGGUAUGGGAGGCGACCCCCUUCCAAGUGGAUCGUAUGAGUUUGUUGCCCAUACGGAUGACGGGAUUCGGGUCAUGCGAUGGGCACUACGAGGAGGGAAGAAUCGUCGAGGACCUACGCCCCCAGGAGCGCAAACAGGAGAUGAGACGAAGCGGUUCACAUUCAGCGUCAUCGAUCCCAAUACUCGUCGUCACCCAGUAA